AGUCACACAUCAUUGGUAAAUAAUCAUUUUCGCUCAGCAUUUUACUCAUCCACACGAAAACCACCUAGACUAUCUGCGUUUUAUUUUUUUAACCACAGUUGGAUUAUGAAGGUCUGAGUGGUACGGAUAUUACCUGCUUUUAUGCAUGUCUGCAGAAGAUGAACUAUUGUGGUGCGGGAAAUCGGAGACGAAAGCGGAGCUGCAUGCCUUCAAGGUGGUGAGCCUGUAUGCGGCUCCUCUCUCUGCGUGGGCAGCAGGAAUAAGGGAUGUCACAGGUGUUCCUCCUGACCCUGCUCACGCUCUCCACCAGCAUCCAGGUCCACCAUGCUAAAAUCCUGAAGACGUUGAUGGAAAGAUGGGGGAUGUACAAGGAUGAGUGCAACCACAACAUAAGCAGGGAGCCCCUCCCCGCUGGUGUGGUGUGUAACAGGACUUUUGAUCGGUAUGCCUGCUGGCCUGAUGGCCUUCCCAACUCCACCAUCAGCGUAUCCUGUCCCUGGUACCUGCCAUGGCACCACCAAGUCCAGCAUGGCUUUGUGUAUCGGGAAUGCGACUGGAGUGGGCAGUGGCUUCCGAUGAAGAAUGCUAGCGAGUGUGAGCAGGACGACCCGGAACAGCAGAACCAGUAUGGGAGAAUCCUGAGUAACUUCAGAGCCAUGUACACGGUGGGCUACUCCUUGUCCCUCGGGGUCUUAAUUAUGGCACUUGGCAUCCUGGUGGCCUUCAGGAAACUCCACUGCAUGCGGAACAACAUUCACAUGAACCUGUUCGCCUCCUUCAUCCUGCGGGCUCUGUCCAUCCUGGUCAAAGACGCGCUGCUCGACCCGCCCUCCAUCAACGUCAUGCACGACAUCGCCUCCGAUUACGAGAUGGAGCAGCUGGGCAGCAACAAGACGGCCAUUGGAUGCCGAAUUGCCAUGGUGCUGAUGCAGUACGGUGUCAUGGCCAACAAUUAUUGGCUUUUGGUGGAGGGCAUCUACCUGCACAACCUGCUUGUGGUGACUGUCUUCAAUGAAAGGAACUACUUCAACAUCUACUUAUGCAUUGGCUGGGGCACUCCACUGAUAUUCGUGUUGCCAUGGGUGACGGUGAAAUACCUGUAUGAAAACGAGGAGUGCUGGGAACAGAACAUCAAUAUGGGAUACUGGUGGAUCAUCCGCUUCCCCAUACUGCUGGUUGUCCUGAUCAACUUCUUCAUUUUUAUAAGGGUAAUUAAGAUCCUUAUGUCUAAGCUCAGAGCACACCAGAUGAGGUACACCGACUACAAAUUCAGGUUGGCUAAGUCCACGCUCACUCUGAUCCCUCUGCUGGGAAUCCACUGUAUCCUGUUUGCUUUUGUGAUAGACGAGCAGGCCACAACCAGAUCCCUACGCCUCACAAAGCUCUUCUGCGACCUCCUGUUCAACUCCUUCCAGGGAAUGCUGGUGGCUAUCCUGUACUGUUUCGUCAACAAGGAGGUGCAGUCAGAGUUGCUUAAGAAGUGGAAGAGGUGGAAGUUGGGGAAGGACAUAGACGAGGAGUACAGGCACACCCAUAGCCAGACGGCCCACGUGAAGAGCGGCAGCGUUGCCAUGCACCACCAGCUCCACCCCCUCGACCACCAAAACCCCGCCCCUCUCCUGGCCCCGCCCAGCUGUGGGCGAGAGGAGCACCGCCACCUAGUGGCCACGUGUCAGAACGGCACAGGCAAGAGCGGCCUGCUGUACCCUGCCCUACUAGGCGACGACGUCUGCAGCUGUAGCCCCGUCACGGAGACCCUCUCCCUGGAGAACAGGGCACCGAGUGUGGAGAGCAACCUCUGAAGCCCGAGAGGACGAGGAAGAUGAAGAGGAGGCGGUGUGGGUUGGGGAGGGGAACUGCUAUCACUUGUUUAGUUCCUGGGGGAGCAGU